AUGCGCCAAGCGAUCCUCCGUCCCCUUCGCACUAUCGGUGCUCGCUCCAUGGGAGUGCCCACACGCUUGUUUGCCAGCACUACCGUAGCCAGCAAGGACAGGAAGACUGCCGCUGCCAAGGACAAGUCGACCAAGGGCUACGACUUUGACAAGAUGGCGACACAGGGACCCGAAGACACUGCUCUUCCCACAGAGUCGACGGGCGGCGGCAUGUACUCUGCAAGGUCCGAGGCCAACGCCAUGGGCAGCUACGAAAGUCGUGACGAGCAAGAAGACAUUGACCUCGACGAAAAGCUCUCCCAGCAGGCCAAGGUCAAGGCUGAUGCCCGGCACAAGGCUGAAAAGUCAAAGUCCAAGCCGAAGAAGUAG